AUGCAACUUAGAGGAAGUUGUUUGGAUCUGAAUUGGAUACAAUUAUGGAGGAACUCUCUGACAAGAAAGGGAAGAGUCUUCCCUUAUCCAACAGAUUCUUUCGAGGCCGUUAUAAUCAACAUAGGCGUGACCGUUCCCUACAGAGAUCCAGACAAAACAAGGGAUCAGAAUUAUACCGUACCUAGAAGAUUGGCUGAUUCUAGCAAGAUCCCAGGAAGAACUCCAUCUCCACACCAGUCUGUCUUUAGGAUUACUUCACAAGCUCGGAUGGGUGGUAAAUAUGGAAAAGCCCCAUUUAAUUCCAGACAAGUUAAGAACUUUUCUGGGGUUCUGCCUAGAUUCCCACAGUAUGAGAAUUUUUCUAUCUCCUGCAAGAAAGGAUAUCCAAGGGAUAUCAUCUCCUUUGUAUCCCUCGCAGGUUUUCUCCUGAAUCUGGAUCUUCUCAGUGGGAUUUUUCUACCCUUAGAUUUGAUAAAAUACUUCUGUACACCUCAGAUAAAAUACUUCUGUACACCUCAGAUAAAAUACUUCUGUACACCUCAGAUAAAAUACUUCUGUACACCUCAGAUAAAAUACUUCUGUACACCUCAGAUAAAAUACUUAUGUACACCUCAGAUAAAAUACUUCUGUACACCUCAGAUAAAAUACUUCUGUACACCUCAGAUAAAAUACUUCUGUACACCUCAGAUAAAAUACUUCUGUACACCUCAGAUAAAAUACUUCCGUACACCUCAAAUAAAAUACUUCUGUACACCUCAGAUAAAAUACUUCUGUACACCUCAGAUAAAAUACUUCUGUACACCUCAGAUAAAAUACUUCUGUACACCUCAGAUAAAAUACAUCUGUAUACCUCAGAUAAAAAUACAUCUGUACACCUCAGCUAAAGUACAUCUGUACACCUCAGAUAAAAUACAUCUGUACACCUCAGAUAAAAUACACCUGUACACCUCAGAUAAAAUACUUCUGUACACCUCAGAUAAAAUACUUCUGUACACCUCAGAUAAAAUACUUCUGUACACCUCAGAUAAAAUACUUCUGUACACCUCAGAUAAAAUACUUCUGUACACCUCAGAUAAAAUACUUCUGUACACCUCAGAUAAAAUACACCUGUACACCUCAGAUAAAAUACUUCUGUACACCUCAGAUAAAAUACUUCUGUACACCUCAGAUAAAAUACAUCUGUACACCUCAGAUAAAAUACUUCUGUACACCCCAGAUAAAAUACUUCUGUACACCUCAGAUAAAAUACUUCUGUACACCUCAGAUAAAAUACACCUGUACACCUCAGAUAAAAUACACCUGUACACCUCAGAUAAAAUACUUCUGUACACCUCAGAUAAAAUACUUCUGUACACCUCAGAUAAAAUACUUCUGUACACCUCAGAUAAAAUACAUCUGUACACCUCAGAUAAAAUACUUCUGUACACCUCAGAUAAAAUACUUCUGUACACCCCAGAUAAAAUACUUCUGUACACCUCAGAUAAAAUACUUCUGUACACCUCAGAUAAAAUACUUCUGUACACCUCAGAUAAAAUACUUCUGUACACCUCAGAUAAAAUACUUCUGUACACCUCAGAUAAAAUACUUCUGUACACCUCAGAUAAAAUACUUCUGUACACCUCAGAUAAAAUACUUCUGUACACCUCAGAUAAAAUACUUCUGUACACCUCAGAUAAAAUACUUCUGUACACCUCAGAUAAAAUACUUCUGUACACCUCAGAUAAAAUACUUCUGUACACCUCAGAUAAAAUACUUCUGUACACCUCAGAUAAAAUACUUCUGUACACCUCAGAUAAAAUACAUCUGUAUACCUCAGAUAAAAUACUUCUGUACACCUCAGAUAAAAUACUUCUGUACACCUCAGAUAAAAUACUUCUGUACACCUCAGAUAAAAUACACCUGUACACCUCAGAUAAAAUACUUCUGUACACCUCAGAUAAAAUACUUCUGUACACCUCAGAUAAAAUACUUCUGUACACCUCAGAUAAAAUACUUCUGUACACCUCAGAUAAAAUACACCUGUACACCUCAGAUAAAAUACUUCUGUACACCUCAGAUAAAAUACUUCUGUACACCUCAGAUAAAAUACUUCUGUACACCUCAGAUAAAAUACUUCUGUACACCUCAGAUAAAAUACAUCUGUACACCUCAGAUAAAAUACUUCUGUACACCUCAGAUAAAAUACUUCUGUACACCUCAGAUAAAAUACUUCUGUACACCCCAGAUAAAAUACAUCUGUACACCUCAGAUAAAAUACAUCUGUACACCUCAGAUAAAAUACUUCUGUACACCUCAGAUAAAAUACUUCUGUACACCUCAGAUAAAAUACUUCUGUACACCUCAGAUAAAAUACUUCUGUACACCUCAGAUAAAAUACAUCUGUACACCUCAGAUAAAAUACAUCUGUACACCUCAGAUAAAAUACAUCUGUACACCCCAGAUAAAAUACUUCUGUACACCUCAGAUAAAAUAUUUCUGUACACCUCAGAUAAAAUACAUCUGUACACCCCAGAUAAAAUAUUUCUGUACACCUCAGAUAAAAUACAUCUGUACACCCCAGAUAAAAUACUUCUGUACACCCCAGAUAAAAUAAAAUCAACCACUUAA